AUGAGACCAAUUAAUGUUGAAAUUAUUCUCCUCAAACAAUCCCUGAACAAGAUGUUUAAUGUAUGGGCUUUUAGCACUUUGAUGAAAAUUGAAUAUUUUUCAAUUAGAAAAACUCUGAAACUCGAGCACAAUCUCUGUGAACAUUUUCCAUCCCCUUUUCCAACUCUUAAUUUUAAAGUAGAAACAAAUGAAUGCGUACCUUUGUUGCAAGAGCAAAGUAAACAAGAUUUACUCCCUUCACAUGAGUGCCACAUGUGCACAAUGAAUUUCAAACACAUGGCAUGGCUAUGGCGAAGUCAAACUUCAUGGAGAGUCGUUGCGAAGACAAAGAAUUCUUUUAUCGUUCUUUUUAAGGUUUCGAGAGGUAAAGAACCAAAAAGCGUAGCAGAACAGCGAAAGAAACCCACUUCUUUUGCUUUAUCACAUGAUGAUGAUCAGUUGGCAAUUAUUGCAACCAUUGAAUCUUUUAGAAUCGACAAAGUUUUAUCAGAAACUUUUCUCAGGAUUGAUGAAUUCUGUUUACCUAAUAAACCUCAAUUUAUUAAUUAA